AGCUCUCAGCUCUUUCUUGAUCCCUCUCUCGCUCUCAUCGCGUUGCUGCGUCUCUCUCACCUGCUCGCUUUAACCUUUUUAGAUUUGAUUUUCCUCGGGAGAGAGAUUUUCCGCAGCCAUGUUGGUUUACCAGGAUCUCCUUACCGGUGAUGAGCUUCUUUCUGACUCAUUCCCAUACAAGGAACUUUUUGGUGGAGUUCUCUGGGAAGUUGAGGGAAAGUGGGUUGUUAAAGGCGCAGUUGAUGUAGAUAUUGGUGCAAAUCCCUCUGCUGAAGGUGGUGGGGAGGAUGAGGGUGUUGAUGACCAGGCUGUGAAGGUUGUUGACAUUGUUGAUACCUUCAGGCUUCAGGAGCAACCACCUUUUGACAAGAAGGGUUUUAUGGCCUACGUUAAGAAAUUUGUCAAGAGAUUGACAGAUAAGUUGGAGGGUGAGGACCAAGAGAACUUCAAGAAGAACGUUGAGCCAGCAGUAAAGUUCUUGAUUUCAAAGCUCAGCGACCUUCAACUUUUCGUUGGUGAGAGCAUGCAAGAUGAUGCUUGUAUUGUGUUUGCUUACUACAAGGAUGGUGCUACAGACCCAACAUUUUUGUACUUUGGUCAUGCAUUGAAGGAGAUCAAGUGCUAAGAAGGCAGCACCACAUGUCAAGGACUGGCAUCCUUUAUAGUUCUGUUUGAUUACUGUCUUAGUUUUCUUUAAUGUGCUUGUGUGACUGAAGGCCUAAUUUCUUGCCUUUUUGGCUUUUAAUUGUUUGGUGGUUAUGAUAUGUUUUCGACUCUUACGUGGUUUUAAUGAUUUGUUUAACUUACCAAAUAAUUCAACUGUUUGAUCUAUUUAUAUUAUUGAUGAGUUGGAUUAAAUAUCAGUUUGAGGG